AUGUCUAAUAUCCUUAACACCCUCCAAAGCCGAAUUCCAAAAGUUUUGGAGCUUGGAAAGGAAGUAACUCAAAAAGAUGAAUUCGCAAAAGGAGAAAGAGCCACGUUUUAUCACGGAACUCGAAUGAAAGACGGAUCGACAGUAGCAAUUAAAAGAAUAUAUGAUAAUAAACCAAGCAAAGAUGAAAUUAAAACAUACGCUAUGGAAAUUCAAGCAAUUUUUGCCACAUCAACACCAUAUUCAACUUCGUUAAUAGGAUAUUCAGUAACAGCGCCUUUCAUUAUCGUUACAGAAUGCUAUGAAGAAGCAAAUUUAUCUACUCUUUUAAAGCAAAAGAAAUUAGAUUUCACUCAAUUAAACAGUAUUUUGUUAGAGUUAGCUUUUGCAUUAAAGCAAAUACAUGAAGUGAACUUUAUUCACGGAAAUGUAUGUCCAAGCAAUAUUAUUUUGGAUAAAUACGGUAAAACAAAACUAGUUGGCUUUGGAAACAGCCGUUACCCUUCAAAAUCACCAAAGAAUGUCUACACCAGUGGUAAGAUUAAAGAAAAUAACUGGCUUUCACCAGAAUUCUUAGCAGGAGAAGUUUUUACAGAAAAACAUGAUGUUUUCAGCUUCGGCUCGUUAGUUUAUCAAUUCCUAACGGGCGAAAUUCCAUUUAACGGUCAAAGUCAAAGCGAAGUUAGGAGCAACAUUGUUAAUUACAAGCUUCCAACAAUUCCUCAGCAAUUAUCAAAAUUAAUCACAGAUUGCUGGGACAAACCAGACAAAAGACCAUCUAUAGCGAAAAUCCUUGAGAGUCUACGCUCGAAAGAAAUAGUUUUUCCCGAUGUAAAUAAUACAAAAUUAGAUGUGACCAUUCAAACAUUACUUGCAGACGAAGAAGAGAUGUUUACUCAGAAGUACAAAGGUUUGGUUCAUACAGAUGCCGCUCAUUUCAAAGACGAACUGAAGAAUGUGAUUCCAGAACCAAAAUCUCCAUAUGUUCCCAUCUUUUUCAGGGAAAUCAAGAAGCUUUUCGUGAAGAAGACCUCAUCAGAGAUAUUUUCAUACCUUUUGGAUGCUUGCCAGGCCUUAAUUUCAAAAACUAAAAAUGCAGAAUCGUUUUGUUCCAAUCAUUUACACCUCAGACUGCCUCUAGAUCGUGAUGAAUUGAUAGAUCAAGGCCUUGACAUCAUCUACGCCAUAGUUAUCAACUAUCCGAACGCAUUAAAUUCCGAAUUUUCUCCUUUCAUCAAAUAUUUAAUGAGAAAGAAACCGGAGAAAGUCAUUAUUAUUGCUUCGGAACUUGCCAAAAAGGUUGAUGAAGUGGAUGACCCACUCCUAGUUCUCGAUGCCGUUAUGACGUCCUGGAAAUAUGUCAAAGAUUCAAAAUCUUUGGCCGCUCCAUUUUUGUCACUUUUUUACUUUUUAUGUAAAAAAGUUCCUGAUUACAAGAACCAGCGUGGCCAGCUUUGUUCAUCAUUAUUCAACAAAUUCCUUGAUUCCAAAUCGAAGACCGCUGUUUGUGUUGCUUUAACAGGUCUUCAAUUUGUUGAAGCAGAGAAUUUAUCGAUAAAUCCAGAGCAAGCAUUGGAUUUACUGAAAGAUGGAAAGACUGCUCCGACAAUACUCUCUUUGAUGCUUUCUUUAGAUACAAUAGACAUCAAUGAUGAAGAUGUUUUUCAAGACAUAAUUGAUGUUUUAUUGAAAAGAAGUCAAAAAUCAAACAGAGCUUCUUUGUUGCUUUGUAAAAUCGCUUCUGAAAAGAAUGGUGCUGAAUUACUGAUGAAAGAUGAUUCAUGGUUAUGUAACAAACUGCCAACAGUUGAAUCCACAUUCAGAAUAGCUUUGGUUGCAAUGAGACAUCCAAAUAUAAUGAAUCAACUCAAAGACAGUGAAAAUUUCAAGUAUUUAUUAUAUAAAUGCUGCAAACCAAAGCACCAAGUACCUCUUAGAUCAAUAAUUGAAGUGAUGAAGGCAUUCGGAAUCAAGUCUGAUAAGGAUGUAUCUGUAUGGGAAGAUUGUGGAGUCUUGAGAAUGUUGUUAAAUGGAGCUGUUUCUUCUGGUGAAGAAAAAAGUUUGUGUCACAUUUUGACAUUUUUCUCGGAUUUGGCUUUCUUGAAAGAGAUGCCGAUGUUGGUGGAUUUGGUAGAUGUAUCAGUACUAUCAUACAAGAAGUUUAAUAACGUUGCUUCGCAUGUUAUUCCACUUUUCGCGAACAUUUCGAGAAUUCCGAAAUGUGGAAAAAGAAUUGAAGAAACUAGAGCGUUGGAAGUGCUCAACCAAGAGUUUAAGAAGAAGGAAUUUGCAAAAUUUGGAACAAUUAUUAGAAAGAAUAUUAGAUCUUCUCAUUUACCAAGAUCAACGCAUUGA